AUGCCAAAAGUAAAUCCCAGGGUGAUAUUCUCAGGCAUCCAGCCCACGGGCGUGCCACACCUCGGCAACUACGUCGGCGCCCUCCGGCAGUGGGUACAACUCCAGCGCAGCGAGGAAGCGAGCACAAAGCUCAUCUACUCGGUCGUGGACCUGCACGCCAUCACCAUGCCUCAGCCUCCGGAACAGCUGAGGAGUAGGAAGAGAGAGGCAUUGGCUGCAUUGCUGGCUAUUGGGAUUGAUCCGGAGAGGGCGACGUUGUUUUACCAGUCUUCGGUCCCAGCACACUCAGAGCUCAUGUGGAUUCUCAGCUGUACAGCCUCUACUAACAAGUCCAAGAGCAAGUUGAACCUUGACCAAAAGUCAUCUAUCGAGGAUCGACAAGCUGGAUCCCGCCUCAAGCUCGGCCUCUUCUCAUACCCAGUCCUCCAGGCCGCAGACAUUCUCGUCCACAGGUACUCAACUCAUGUACCUGUUGGUCAUGAUCAGCAGCAGCACCUAGAGUUUGCCCGUGAAUGUGCCACAAACUUCAACCACGCCUACGGGAACCAUCUCGUUGCCCCCCAAACCCUCAUCCCCCCUGUCCACCGCGUCAUGUCUUUGACAGACCCAACCUCAAAAAUGUCCAAGUCUCACAAGGCUGAGAAGUCACGGAUCGUUAUCACCGAUGCGCCCAAGGACAUCAAGGCCAAGAUUUCUUCUGCAAAGACGGACUCGAUCCCAGGUAUCUCAUAUGAUCCUGCUACUAGGCCGGGCAUCUCCAACCUGCUGGAUAUCCUAUCCAUAUUCGACGCCGAAGGGAGACAGGCGGCGCAGCUGGCUGAGGCUUACAGUGAUCUCAGCCCCAAACAGCUCAAGGAGAUGGUAUCAGAUGCCGUUGUUACCGGGUUGGACGGCAUCCAUGAUCGUUACCUCGAGCUGGUGGGUAAGGGAGACGAGUAUCUCGACAGCAUCGAGGCAGUAGGCGCCCGCAAGGCACGAGAGAGCGCCGAAGAGACGAUGCAGCUGGUCCGAGGAGCCAUUGGAUUCUAA